GUCUCUUUCCUCUCAGUGUGCAGUUGGUAGCUUUGAGCCAAACACGGUCACCCAGGUCUCUGGGUGUUUCUCCUCUAAGCCAGCUGGUCUGGCUUUUAUACCUUCUUCUCGUCCUCUUUUACUCCUCUGUUCCAUUUUAUCCCUUCUUUUCUGAGAUAAAGGAUAGAGUGAUCUGACCCACAGCUGGAGCUGUAGGGAACCUUCCUGGGGAAGAUAAUACAAGCAGCACUGGUGCUCUGUAAACCAAUGGACCCAAGGCCCUUAGAGACCACCCUGAUGAAACACUCAGACACAGACUGACUGACACAGAUGAGAGAAAGAUUGAGAUAAAGCCAGAAGGGGAGAGAGAGAACCGAAACCUGAAACGAUUGCAGGAGGAUCUGAGGCUGAAGCUUUGACAGAACAGAAGGAAGUGCAAGUAAUUGACUGUCCCGAAGUCGGUGUAGUCUGACUGUGGUGUUAUGAUACGUCAGGAGCGAAUGCCAGAGGAAUUGAGAGGAGACAAAAAUAAAAGAGAAUACUGCUGUGAGGAUUGAGACGAGAAGGAGAACAGGACUUUUGGGGACAGGAGAGAAAGAGAAGGAGUGAAGAUGGGGAGGAAAAAGAUCCAGAUAGCACGGAUUAUGGAUGAACGUAACAGACAGGUGACGUUCACCAAGAGGAAGUUUGGCCUGAUGAAGAAGGCGUACGAGCUGAGCGUGCUGUGUGACUGUGAGAUCGCCCUCAUCAUCUUCAACAGCACCAACAAGCUGUUCCAGUACGCCAGCACCGACAUGGACAAGGUGCUGCUCAAGUACACCGAGUACAACGAGCCUCACGAGAGCAGGACCAACUCUGACAUCGUGGAGACCCUACGAAAGAAGGGUCUAAAUGGCUUUGACAGUCCCGACAUCGAGGCAGACGACUCUGCUGGUCAGAGCCCCGAGUCAGAGGAUAAAUACCGCAAGAUCAACGACGAUAUCGACCUCAUGAUCAGCAGACAGAGACUCUGUCAGGCUCUCCCCCCCUCUAACUACGACAUGGUUGGCUCCAUCCAGGGCCAAAAUAACAGCGGACUACUCUACUCUCAACCUGGGGUGGGGGGUUCCUUAGGAAACCACAAUCUGCCGCCCCUCUCGCACACACACCCCGGGCUGCAGAGGAACAGCAUGUCGCCUGGACCCCAACACACACACCGACCCCCCAGCGCUGGAAACGCAGGAGGGAUGAUGGUCUCGGAGCUGUCUAACGUCAUCUCUAACACUGGUAAUGGUAGCUAUGGUAACCACCGUCACUCUCCGGGGCUGCUGUCUCCGGGAUGUGUGGCCAAAGGCAUGCAGGCCAAGACUCCGCCCCUGAUGACCUCCAUGACCCUGAGUGGUAACCGCAAGCCAGACCUCCGCACGCUGCUGCCCCCUGGCAACAAAAACAACAUGCCCUCAGUUAACCAGAGAAUAAAUCACUCCCAGUCUGCCCAGUCUUUGGCUACUCCUGUGGUCUCCAUAGCAACACCUACUCUGCCCGGGCAGGGUAUGGGAGGGUACCCCUCUGCCCUCUCUACCUCCUAUGGCACAGAGUACUCUCUGGGUGACCUGAGCUCUCUGUCAGGCUUCGGAGGGAACGGCUCUGGAUCAGUUCACAUGGGAUCAGUAACAGGCUGGCAGCAACAACAGCUACAGAACAUGCAGCACUCAGCACUAGGACACAUGGGAAACCUUUGUCAGAACUCCAACCUCAACCUCCAGAAUGUCCAUCAGAACCUUCACAUCAAGUCAGAGCCCGCCUCCCCGCCCAGAGAUCGAGGCAUCGGAUUUGUCAGCGGAGGGAUGGGGGCCGUGCCCCAGGGCUACCUAACAAAUCAAGGCCCAGCCGAGGCAGGGCGUUCUCCUGGCGACAGCCUAUCCAGCUGUGGGAGCUCAUACGACGGCAGCGACCGCGAGGAUCACCGCGGAAACGACAACUUCCUGCUGCGCCCGAUGUCCAAUCAGGAUGAACGCCACAGCCCAUCCGUCAAACGCAUGCGCCUAUCAGAAGGCUGGGCUACAUGAUAAGGCCCGCCCCUGAUGAUUCACCGAGGUGGGGGGGCUUGUGUAGAGUUACCUUUAGUGUUUCCCUGACUAUUAUUAAUCCUGUGUCCAAAAUGGCACCCUAUUCCCUACAUAGUGCUCUUGCCAAAAAGUAGUGCACUUUAUAGAGAAUAGGGUGUGAUUUCAGAUUUGGCCUAUAUUCUUCUUGUGCAGAGUGAGAGUGUUACACUAUAACAGGGACAUUAUAUACAGGAGUGUGUGUGUGUGUGUGGGGGGUUAUAAUAGAGACAUAAACUGUGUCUCAAAUGGCGCUCUAUGGCCCAUGUAGUGCGCUACCUUUGGCCAAAAGUAGUGACACCGCAUGGGACAUAGGGAGUUACUUGAGACGGCAGUGACAUGCAAGGAGUGAGGGUUGAUAUGGAGUGGGGGAGUCU